AGGUGUUUCCUUGUUAUCAGCGGCGGAGUGUCUUUAUUCGGCAGACCAGUUUAAAAGUACUUUGACAGCAUGUGCCGGCCCUUGGAUAUUCAUGGAUAUCCUGGUCUGCUAAUAGCAUCAACAAGCAUCGAUGUGAAUAGAUGUACAUGAAUCUAUUACAUAAUAACAUAAUAGAAAACAUCAGUUAAUAUAUUAGUGGAAGAAAGUGAUACGCAAAAAGAACACGAGAAAUUCGAACGCAAUAGAUUUUGAUGGGUAUGCAUUUUUUCGGCAAACUUGUGUUUUUAUCUGAAACAACCUGGUUUGCAAAGCAGGUUGAUUAACGAGGAUACUAAUAGACGGGACUGAAGAAAGGGAUGCCUUUGGCUCUUCGCAUGAGGUGGAUGUUAAGAAAUCAGAAAUUUGUGGAGUUUAUGCGCUGAGACGGUAAAAAAAGUUUAGAUUAUGGAAACGAGCCAUGCUUAUCGUUCCUUUCUAUGGGUUCUUUGGAUUUUGAUUCAGACGUCACUUGUGGAAGGCCAAACGGAAGAUGAAUGCUUUAUUGGAUGCUUUAGGGAUAACGAGGGAGAUCGGGCUUUACCAGUUCGUAUUAUUCAGACCGUGCUUAGAUCAAGCGAUUUCACAGUCGAAAAAUGCAUUGAUCAAUGCAUUGCUUUGAGCAUGGUAUAUGCCGGAGUGCAGUACCAAGACGAAUGCUACUGUGGGGACGCCAGUACAGACUACGAUCGCCAAGGUGAACUGCCUCUGGAUGACUGCAGAGUGUUCGCAUGUCCUGGAAACCAGAACCAAUAUUGUGGGGGUAUCGGUGCGCUUCUUGUCUACAAUAUAACAGUGACAAUGUCAUCACAAACAACUACUACAGAGCUAUCAUCUAGGGCAUCUGACUCAUCUAUUACCCGAAGGACAUCAAAUACAUAUUCAACAGCUUUGUAUGCUGGCCUUGGUGGUGGAGGAGCGACUAUCGCGAUACUUAUCAUCGGAGUCAUCGCUAUCGUCAAUUACAAAAAGCGGAGGGUAUCAUCUCAAACCAACGUGGUACCGCCAGACAAGCCUUACAUGGAUCUCGAACCAACGACCAGUAGUCUAGCACCUGCGUAUGCGUCUUUGGGAACUGGUUCCGUGUCAAAGGUCGAGGAUGGUUCUUAUGAGAACCAAAAAGUAGUGAAACAGCAUCAGAUCAUCCAUCAAGUAACGAUUAAUGACGAGUACCUGUACGAGGUUCCAGUUCUUUAAGAGCGAUAUUUCUCAAUCUUAAUCAUCUUGCGGGUACAGGGAGAGUGGAAACGGAUAGUUGGUUAACACGAGCACCUGCGCGAACUUCCAAUUCUUGAAUGUUCAAGUUGAAGUUCAAAGAUAGAUGAUAGUAGGGGUAUACAGGGGAGGUGAGAAUGGUAGGAUUGCAAGGAUAUGGGUAACCCGAAACCGGUGCGAACUUCCAUUUCUCCGAGAGCGAUGUUUUUCAUAUUGGAGUUCAAAUACGUUCAACAUCAUGCGGGUAGGGGCGGAUCCAGGAUUUUCCAAAGGGGGGGGGGGGAAUUUUUCGAAGGAAAAUUUUGACAAGCCUCCCCCCCAAAAAACCCCAAAUUAAGGAUAUUUCGUACCCUAAACAAUUUGGAAAGCAAAAAAAAAAAGGGUUUUCAAUUUAAAAAGAGGUGGCACAUCUCGGUCUUAAUGGCAUUUUUACAUUACAAAUGUUAAUUUUGCUUCUCAAAGGAGGGGGGGGGGGCCCUGGAUCCGCACCUGCAUGCGGGUGCAAGGAGAGCUUCUUCUUUAAUGUUCAAGUUCAAAUAUCUUUGUCAUCGUGCGGGAAAGAUACGGUAGGAUUGACACUUCUGGUUCUUUUAUGUUAAAGUUCAAAUUUAAAUAUCGUUUUCAUUGUGAGGGUAUAAUCCCCUUUUCACCAGAUGAAGUUCCCGCCUACGGUCUUCAAGUUCGAAAGGAACCAUAGGACGUGGCGGCAACUUCGUUUGAUUUACUCAAAAGAUGUAAAAUUUUCACGCGCGUGCCACGUCCGCGCCACGUCAUUGUUGCGUUUCCGGUGUUCCCACUAAGUUUAUUGUGCGCACAGAGUCGGUCCAUGCUGCGUCGAAACGGUUCACGCUACGUUCCGACUACAACCAGCAGAUUGCGCGACUUGCUUUGUCUCGUCUAUUUGGACGUAGCGCCAACUGAUUACACCAACGCUACGUCCAUGCAUUUCUCGCCGCGUCAAAGAAAACUAGCCAUGACGCAUUGGGAACUGCUACAGUGUAAUGAGAGCGUAUAGCGAGAACUGUUGUUUACGUAGCUGAGUCCGCAUGAUCUCUGGAGACCAAUUUUCCGCCACGUGGACUUUGAACAUGUCCAAAGUCCACACUCUAUGCCACGUCAAUAGUAGUUCUCACUACACUCUCAGUACGCUGUAGAAGUUCCCACUGCGUCAUGGCCAUUUUUAGUUGACGUAGAGAGAACUGCAUGGACGUAGCAUUGGUGUAAAGGCUGAAUGACAUGAAUUUUUACAGAGUAAAAUUCAGUACACAAACAGAUAAACAGUAAAAAAAAAAAAAAACUUUAUCAAAAUAGGAUUUUUGAUCAGCGAUGUACUGAGGGUUAAAAACAUGGAAAUGUAUAAUCAAAUGUCCUUCAUGAGUUGAAAUUCCAAAGUAUGAUUUAAAAAUCGCCUAAUGCAGUAAAUUAGGUAAAAUACUUUUAUUGCGAGCGGGUUUUUUUGUCUCAGGUUCUGUAAUAUUUACUGGUUUUCUAUACAUGUAUAUAGAAAAACGAAGUGAAUUGUAUUCCAAUUUAUCGAUAUUGGAUGAUUAAGAUAUUCAUUUUUUCAUGGCAAAUUGAUUUCGUAUGCAUUUAUGUUAGCAGAAAUGAACAACUUGUGGAAUAAAAGAAAAUAAACGUUUAUAUG